AUGAGUAUAAGCAAUGCCAUUAAAAAUAACGUUGCAAUUUUCUUAAGUAAUAUCUAAACAAGCCGCAGGUACACCAUUAGCUUCCAAUCUCCAAAAGCACCUUAAUCCACCAACUUUUCUGGCGCACUAAUUUCCAACACUAUAACUACUGCAAGCUGAUUACAUUGUUUGGCAAGCUGUAUCAGCAAAAUUAGUGCAAGCAGUACUAUAUUAUUAACAUAUAUCAUGGGAGAGACUAUCAGCAGCAGUAACAGCAUCGCAAUUUGUUGAAUCUAUAUCUAAACAAGCAGCAGGUACCUCUCCAGCUGCAACUCUCCAAAAACACUUUGAUCCGCCAACUUUUAUUGUGCAAUUAGGUUCAGUAGGGUAAGCACUGCAAUUUGAUUCAAUUGUUCGACAAGCUAUUGCACCAGAAUUAGUGCAAGAAGUACUAUAUUAUUAACAUAUUUCAUGAGUAAGACCAGCAUCAGCAGUAACAGCAUCGCAAUUUGUUGAAGAAAUAUCUAAACAAGCAGCAGGUACCUCUCCAGCUGCAGCUUUCCAAAAGCACUUUGAUCCGCCAACUUUUAUUGUGCAAUUAGGUUCAGUAAGGUAAGCACUGCAAUUUGAUUAAAGUGUAUGACAAGCUGUUUCACCAGUAUUAGUGCAAGAAGUAUUAAAUUAUUAACAAAGUUCAUGAGUAAGACCAGCAUCAGCAGUAACAGCAUUGCAAUUUGCUGAAGAAAUAUCUAAACAAGUAUCAGUUGACCAAAAGCACGAUUAUCCACCAACUUUAAAUGUACAAUCAUGUAUAGUUAAAUAACUACUACAAGCUUAUUAAAUUGUUCUGCAUGCAGAUCCAUCACCAUUAAUAGUGCAACUUUCACUAUAUUAUUAACAUUGAUUAUGAUCUGCUUCGAAUAGUCCAGUUACAGCUGCACAAGAGAAAGAACAAGCAUCUGUAUCAGUAGCAUUUAUAGUAUUAGUGCAACCUUUUUUUAAUUAUUCACAAUAGGAUUUAGUUCCUCUAAAGGUUGAGCAUGCACCGGAGAGAUAUGUAGAAGAAAAACACUUGUUUAGAGUUUAAUGCCAAGUACAAUCAUCUUCGCUGGCUGUUAAAGUUCUAAAACAUUAAGCUUGUGACUGAUAAUCACUACAAUUAGCUAAUCUUGGCACACAUCCUAAUCCUCC